AGCAGUGCCCACCAUCCAACAUGGCCCCUGUCGCGACGUCCACGGUCACAGAACCCGCUGCUAAUGGCAACAACGUUAACAGCAAGCCGAAGGUUCAAGACGAAAUACACCACGACCACUCGACGAUGAGUCAGCGUUCGCGCACCGCGUUCCCACGCCCGCCCAAGUUCGAAGACACACUGAAGGAGAGGGCAUAUCUCAAGUUCCGCCUUGCACAGGCAUUUAGAAUAUUUGGAAAGCUCGGGUAUGAUGAGGGCGUAGCAGGGCAUAUUACUGUUAGAGAUCCGAUCAAGACCGAUUGCUUCUGGGUGAAUCCCUUCGGUCUCCACUUCUCACUCAUUCAACCCGAAGAUCUGCUCCUCGUCGAUCAUGUGGGGUCGAUCCUCGACGAGUCCGGACCGUCGCGGCUCCUCAACACCGCCGCCUUUGCCAUACAUUACGGCACGUCCGGACGUCCUAUGUGCAGCACAUUCGCACUCUAUCUAUGGACGCGCAUUCUCGACGCUGGGCAAAGAGCUGGAUAUGAUCACACAGGAUUCUUUAAUGGUGUUGUACUUGCGGAGGAGGAAGGGAGGAGGAUCGCUGAGACCCUUGGAAACAAAAAGGCAAGCAAUAAAAUAAAAUUUACAAAGCUCGAAAAUAAUGCAAUUAUUCUUCAGAACCAUGGUCUACUUGUCGCCACAGCCUCCAUCGAAGCAACUUUGCACUACUUCACUGCACUCGAGAAAUCAUGCCAAGUCCAACUCGUAGCAGACGCUGCAGGCAAGACUGUCAGGAUUGGUGACGAAGAAGCUCUUGAUACCUACAAAACUGUCGGUACAUCAUAUAUUGGUUGGUUUGCCGGACGACCUGCGUUCCAAACUCUUGAGGCAAACGAGGGAAAGCAGUUCGAAUACAAGUAG